AAUAGGAGUGUAGAACACGUAGCUGAGUUAAAACACCCACACAGUACACACACGUUCUGAGAAAGAGUGACACCACAAGGAUCUCACCUGCCGACACCAAGUUUCCAUUCUGGUGAAAAUAUGGCAGCGUCUGCAGCACGAGCAGCAUCUGAACUCAGAAUUGUGACUUUUGGAAAGAGUCAAAAUGUGAUAACACUUGGCAACUUCAUCACUGGGAAAAAGGAUUCUAUACUUCAGAAAGUAUCAAAGAAAUGCACCGUGCAUGGAGAGUGGAGGAAAAUACCCAUAACUGUGGUGACAACGGCAGACGUCUUCAGUCUUCCUGAGGAUAAAGUCCGACAUGAAAUGAAGAUGUGCGUCGCUCGGUGUCCUCCUGGACCAAAUGUUCUGCUGCUGUUAGUGAAGCCUUCUGAUUUCACUGAACAGGACAGACUAAAGCUAAAAUCUGCUCUCAGUUUCUUUGGUGCAGAUGCUUUUAAACACGCAAUGGUCAUCGUAACGCACGACAACAAGGAAAAGAAUUUGGCGGUGGAUCAAAUCAUCCAAGAAUGCAGACACAGGCAGCACAAGAUUGACUUUGACAAAAGAAAUUUUCAUGACUGUGAUCUUGAAGCGCUGAUGGAAAAGAUGAAUCAAAUCGUGAGUGACAACAGGGGAGGACAUUUGAAUUUUACUGAAGGUUUGGAUUACACGGAAGAACCGGAAUGCACAAUAACAAAACCUCCUCUGAACCUGGUGCUGUGCGGGAGGUUUGGAGUUGGGAAAACUUCGGCAUCUAAGGCCAUCCUUGGAGAAACAAAGCCUGGUCUGACUGCCAACGCUUCAGGGUGUGUUAAAACCCAGGGAGUGGUGUGUGGACGUUUGGUUUCUCUGCUGGAGCUGCCUCCUCUAUAUGGAAAACCUCAUAACACAGUAAGGAAGGAAGCAUUCAGCUGCAUCUCACUCUGUGGACCGGAGGGCGUCCAUGCCUUCAUCCUGGUCCUACCUCUGGAUCCACCCACUGACAAAGACAAAGCAGAGCUGGAGACCAUCAGAAACACACUCAGCUCUCAGGCCAACAACUUCACCAUGAUUGUUUUUACGGUGGAGUCAGAUCCUACAGCUCCAGCUGUUGUUAACUUUGUAAAAACCUGCAGAGAAAUUCAAGAUCUCUGUGACAGCUGCAGUGGGCGAUAUGUUGUCCUCAACAUCAAUGACCGACAGCAGAUCUCUCAGGUACUGGAUGCUGUGGAAAAGAUACAAGCUGUGACAUCCAAAGGCUUCACAAAGGAAAUGAUGGCAAAGCCCCGGAUGAGUAGGGCUGUAAAAUGCAGAUCUGACUCGGACAUUGUACAUGACCAAAAACAGCGCCCUGACCGCCUCAGGAUGGUGCUGAUCGGGAAGACCGGCAGUGGAAAGAGUGCCACGGCAAACACGAUUUUGGGGGAGAAAGACCGUUUUCGGUCUAAAGUCAGCAUGAAAUCAGUGACCAAGAUUUGCGAGAAAGAAGAAGCAGAGAUCGAUGGGCGUCUCGUCACUGUGGUCGACACGCCCGGUUUAUUCGACACGACUCUGUCCAACAACAAGGUUAAAGAGGAGCUGGUGAAAUGCGUCAGCAUGCUGGCUCCUGGACCUCAUGCUUUCUUACUGGUGCUGCAGAUCGGUCGCUUCACAAAGGAGGAAAAAGAGACUGUGGAGCUGAUCAAGGAGUUUUUUGGCAAGAAGUCGAAAGAUUUCAUCAUGCUAAUAUUCACCAGAGGAGAUGAACUCAGAAAUCAAACAAUCGAGAGUUACAUAGAAGAAGACAGCGAUGACUUUGUCAAAAAACUGACAAAUGAAUGUGGACAAAGAUACCACGUCGUUAACAACAAUGAUCAGAAGAAUCGCACUCAAGUCAGCCAGCUGCUUAACAAGGUGGAGUCAAUGAUGAGGGAGAAUGGCGGUCGCUACUACACCUCAGAGAUGUUCCAAGAGGCCGAGGCUGCCAUACAAAAGGAAAUGCAGAGGAUCCUCAAGGUGAAAGAGGAAGAGAUACAGAAAGAGAAGAAGGACCUCAAAAGACAACAUGAAGAAAAAAUGCAGGAGAAGAAGCACGCAAUUGAACAAGAAAGAGUGAAAGCAGAGAAAGCGCUCAGAGAAAAGGAGGAACGCCUUAACAAAGAGGAGGAGAACAAGAAAAAGUCAGAGGAAAAACUAGCACAAGAGCAGAGGAAGAGAAAACAAGAAGAUGAAAUUCAGCGACAGCAGUGGGAACAAAAAGAGCAGAACGUUAAAGACAGAAAGCUGAUGCAGAGUGGGGAAGAUGUACAACAACAACGAGAAGACUGGGAGAAAAAACGAAAAGAAUGGUGGGAAAAACAAAUUCAAGAGGAUCAACAGAGACAACAGGAGGAGAAAGCUCGCCUGAAAAAGCUCAGAGAGGAAUAUGAGAAGGAAAAAAACGAAUAUGAACAGAGAAGACGAGAAGAAGAUCGACUCAGAAAGGAACACGACGAAAAGGAAUGGAAAGAAUUACAAGAAAAUUUCUACAGGAAAGUGGAGAUUAUGAAGAUAAAAAACGAAGAGGAGGCCAGAAAGCAAGCAGAGGAGUUCAAUGAGUUCAGACACAGAUACACCGAAGACUUUGCAGCUCUGGUCGUAAGGCAUGAGAAGGAGGUGGAUGAUAUGAAGCAAAGGCAGCAACAGAACACUGACUUCAUGAUAAAACAGCUCAACACAAACAAGGCGUUUCAGAAAGACUUUGAACAACUGAAGAAAAGGCAGGAGGAAGAAAUGAAAGGGCUUAAAGACACUGAUCCAGCACAAGAACAAGUUGAUGAACUACAGAAAGCACACGAGGCGGAAAUAAACAACUGGAUACAGGAACAUGUGAAGAAGGCCACAGCAGGAAGAGCCUGUUGCAUUUUAUGAGAUGUUUUCUAACAACAGCAGCCAAGUUUCAGUCGAGAGACAGCGGAACACUUUGGUUUCAUAUUCACAACGCACACUGUAAAUAAAAGUGACACAAAACAUGGAGAAAAUCUGGAGGCAAAGGUGCCAAAAAAAUUAUAAGAACAAUUUUUCACGUUCAAAAACUGCAAAAACAGUGAAAAUCUGGCAGCAAAGGUGCCACAAAAAAUACAAGAAAAAUGCUUCAAGAUUGUGAUGUUCAAAUACUGCAAAAAUGAUGAAAUAAUGGCAAAUAUCUGUAAAAUAAUGAUAUUUUUAGACGACUUAAAUAUAGUAAAUUUGUGUAAUUUUAUGUUGCUGUUGCUUGUUUUAAGUUGACUAAAUUACUAUUUCUUAAAAUACAGAUUUUUGAUUAUUAUUAUUGUUGUUUUUUGUGUUUUUAAAAAUCAUGAAACAUGUAAAUUAAUGCUUUUUUUCUGUGAUGUGAUCAAUAAUUUAAGAAAAGAGUGGAACUCUAUAAACCUUUUGCUGAAUUAAAUACAGUAAAAAAAAGUGUGAUUUUAGAGUUAUAUUAUUUACAAUUCUGACCUAUGUUUUAAUGCUUAAUAUUUUGUUAUCCUCUUAAUUUAGCACACCUUUGACUAAGCAUAUUACAUUAUUUUAUUAAUAUCUGAUAGACAAACUGUGACAGUGGAUAAAAUGGUAGAUAGCAGUUUCUGUGUAGUUUAUUUGAAUAAAGCCAGUGUGUACUUUUCUAUAAAUCUGAUCAUGUUUUUACUGUGUUCUUUUACUUGUAAAUAAACUACAGAGUAUAAGGUAAUGAUAAAUGCAGUGAUUUCAUUUUGAUUUUAUCCAGAGCUGGUGUUACCCUCAUUUAAGCAUCUUCAACAUGUAACAAUCAUUGUCUUCAAAUAAUUUCUAGCCAUAGUCUGUAGAAGGGGUUUCUUUGUAGACCUACACACAGAUGAACAAGUAAAUAAAUAAACCACAUUCGAACAUGUAAAUAAAAAACCUGGCUUCGUGAGUGGCGCAACUCCCAAAAUAAAUGAGAGCAUCAGUUGUUUUGUGUUCUACAUAAUGGGCUUUACUAUCACAAAUAGAAGUUUUUUGACAUGACAAGUAACCACAGCUGGUUUGUUAUUACUUGCUAGCAUGCAUGCACCAACAUCAAUGAAAAAUAAAAUGUAAUUCUACAUGGUUAUAAUGCUAUGCUGUUACUUUGAUUUCAGAUAGUUUCCAGCUGGCACGUGAUUUUCUGGACUCAUCUUUAUGAAUUUUUUUUAAAUUAUCUCAACUUUAUGGCUUUGGAUUUUAGAAUAAACAACAAAUAUUUGUGAUAGAUGACUGUAUUUUAAACCAUGUGAAUGACUUUGGGUCAAAUUCUGCUAUUUAAAAUGUGUUAUACACUUGAUUGGAACUACUCGCUUCAGCCUCCAGAUGUGAUCAGGACACAGAGGGGAGACUCUUGCUGCUCCAGGGUGAAUUUGUGAUCUAUAUUGGGAUUAACGUGCAUCAUUAUACUGCAAAAGCAUGUACUGUGACAUAGACUGGUUAAUAUUGUACACUCAGUGUUACUACUAAUCUGCUUCUACUUCAUGUCAAGCAUAACUACACUGUAGCCCAGUGAACUCUUCAAAAAUAAAAGUAUUAUGCUUUUGUUUAA